AAACGACUAUUAAUUAACGAUUAGCAGCCAUUAGAGAUCUUUUGAGGAGGCGUGCUAAUUACUUGUAAGUUAGUUGCCAUUACGACCGAAUGCGGAAUUUUUUUGUUUUAGGGAAUAACGUAACAAGUUUUACAAACUUUCUAAAAAGAGCAAAAUUUUGAUUGUGUUGCAUUUGGUCAGUGGGUGAUCGCGUGUUUGCGGUUUACCAAUGGAAGCAGUGUUUAGAAUAAGACCACAUUCGAUGAACUGAACCGGUUGGAUAAAAACCGCGCGGCAGUCCACAAACAUACUUAGUGGACAGGUUUGCGUAUCUUAUCGAUGUCUGCCUUGGGGUGUAGAUUGUUCUAGAUGACGUCAUUUGGUUUAGUGGCAGGAUGUUCAAGUGUUUGUGUUAUGCGCGAAACGGAUCCAUUAAUUAGAUAUUGUUGCUUCACCACUUACAGGCUUCAGUGUGGAAUUUAUUUUGAGCGCUCUCAAGCAGGAAAACUUCACUCGAGAGAGCGCUGCAGAUUGCGUGUGGAUUCAUCCUCCGAUCACCUCUGUAAUCACCAACAAGACUUGUCUAAGCUCGCAGUUUAAAGCCGCUCAAAGCUCUUAAUCAGUCAAUUAUUGUCUCGAGGUUACAUAUUGACAUUCUUACGUGUUUUCAGUAGCUGAAACUGUGUCAUUCACCUACCGCCACGGCAGCACUCCCUCGGCGCAGCCUGUGAAUAAUUGAGUUCUAACUGUCCCGCCUCCCCUGUUUAAAAUAGUCCAUUUUACCAAAACAUCACGCAAGGCGCCUAAAAGGUCGAAAAGUCUUGCGGUAAUCAGGUUUCAGUCAGUCACUACUUAGUCAUUCAGUCGCAUUCCUAGGCUCUUCAACAAAGCCUUGGCUUCUGUUGACUAAUGACUCACGGUGCUAAGAAGUAAAGUGGUCGGUGACACUGACGGUGGGCAAGUAAUCGCCGCACUAAUGUCAGUUUCUGUGGCAGUUCAUUUCUACACAGCCUCCUUGGCGUUGCUGCUAGCCUUUGCAAUCCUCCGCUUUCUCUUCUGCACUCUGGUUUUUCGCAAACUGGUCGUGCGGCUCUUCGUCAAGUUCGCGGGAGCGGAGAUCAGUCAAGAAGUGUACGGAGACAGCUUGUUCGGAUGGGAGAUGUACAAAGCAGUGACGACUGCCUUAAUGAUAGACAUGAAGAAGAAGGCUAAGCGGGGCAAAGAGGCGCCCAAUCCCUCGUUGAUGUCAGCAGACGGACAAUCGCGUUCUUAUCUCUUAGACUUCGCAAGAGAAAGUAGGCCACUCGUUGUCAACUUUGGCAGUUGCACGUGCCCUGUUUUUAUGGAGCGACUCCGCGAGUUUGAGAACAUCAUGGCAGAGUUUAGUGACAUCGCAGAUUUUCUUGUCAUAUACAUCUCCGAGGCACACCCCAAAGAUGGUUGGGCUUUUCAGGUAAUGAUCUCACAAUUAGAUCUACAAAAUCUAAGUCUAUCGUAGCUACAAGUUGUACUUGACUGAUCGCAGCGCUUUGCUCCCUUGAUUUCCUAAAUCAUUCGCUGCACGCCAAUAUUCAUUGCGCUCUAGCUUAAGGAACUUAUUGGAAAGCUCGCAUAGGGCUACAAACCUACUUGUACAUUUGAAUACCGUGAAAUUGUACUGUAUGGUCACUCGCGGGUAGUAAGAAACUCAGCGCGUAUAAAUAUAUCUGAAUAAUGAUGAGCGAAGUUGAGCGUUAAUGACGCGUGGAUUAUUUCUGUUUGUAUAAUUUAGACAGAGUUUGACGUCAAGCAACAUCGCACGUUGGAGGAAAGGAUCAGAGCGGCCCAACUGAUGCUGAGCUCCUGCAAUCUUCAGGCCCCAGUCCUGGUGGAUUUCACGGACAACGAGGCGAAUUUAGCUUAUGGCGCGCUGCCAAUUCGGCUCUGUAUCAUCUUAAAUGGUCGAGUAGAGUUUACUGGUGGAAUGGGACCGACAUUUUACAAUCCCGAGGAGGUUAGAAGAUGGUUAAACAGAUGGAAAGAAAGAGAAAUCAAAGUGUAAAAGUGAUUAUCACCGCUGUAUGAGGAAAAUGAUCCUUUUAUUUAUCGAUCACCAUACACAGAGUCAUAGUACAAGAGACGGUGAAAGAAGACGUAACUAACUGUGUAGCGCACCGCGUCGCAUAC